AUGGCGCGACUUCCAUCCAACUCUUCGCCUGCACGAGCAUCUACCUCGAGAGAUGCUGCAGUGGCCUCAACUUCAAGGACUGCUGCAAGAGGAAGUCCAGCUUCAAAAAAUACCCUAGCAGGAAGACGAAGUAUAGCACGAAAGUCGACCAUUAAAAAAUUAAGACCACCACAACCACCCACCUCUUCCCCAAAGAAACAAGCAAGAAGAACUUCAGGUGGUGUGGGGAGAUAUCGAUAUCGGCCUGGUACUAUAGCGUUACGGGAAAUUAGACAAUAUCAGAAAACAACUCAAUUACUCCUUAGAAAAUUGCCUUUUGCACGGGUGGUACGUGAAAUCGCGGAAGAUUUCGUCACCGAAGGCACUGGUUUGAGAUGGCAAAGUGCGGCUAUAAUGGCAUUACAAGAAGCUACAGAAGCUUAUCUUGUUCACUUAUUCGAGGAUGCAAAUCUAUGCGCCAUACACGCCAAAAGAGUGACUAUUAUGCAAAAGGAUCUACAGUUGGCAAGACGAAUCCGUGGCGUAUGGGGUGGUCUUGGUUAG